UUUUUUAACUGAAUGACAAGAUAAUUGAAAGAUCAGGUAGCCUAAUUUUUGGAAGAAUUUGAGAGCCGGAAUAUUGUGGAUUUUUGUAGAUCGUCGUCAUCGUUUUCUAAAAAUAUUUGAUUAUCAAAAUGUUUACCUUAUGGACACUUGUGGAGGCCUCUUUACUAUGCCUAAAUGCAGUAUGUGUAUUACACGAGGAACGCUUUUUGGCCAAGUUUGGUUGGGGUGCACAAGGCUCUAAUAUGCAGGAAUUCGGACAGCCCACAGCGAAAGCUCAAAUCUUAAAUUUGGUUAGGUCCAUUCGCACUGUCGCAAAGAUACCACUUAUAUUCCUUAAUGUGCUUGCGAUAUUAAUAAAGCUGAUACUUGGAUAAUAAAGCGACUUUUAUUUUGCAUAUAGUUUAACUAAUCUAAAUAAUAAUAGUAUAUAAACUGAUAUUUCAAUUCAUAGUAACCCUUCGUUGAAGUACUGACUUUACUCUGUUUUCAAGUGCUAUGCUGUAAGCAUCCAAUUUAUAUGCAGCAGCUUCCAACUUGUCGACGGUGUCAGAUAUUUCGUCGAUUUGCUUCAUUAAUGGAACCUAUAGCAAUAAACAAUUUUGUAACGCAUUUAGCAAUGAAACAAUAAAAACUAUAAUACCAAUUGUUGGAA